AUGUGUAAGAGAAAUCUGAAGAGGUUAGCAUUGAAUCUACAGUCGUCGUCGUCGUCCAGUAAAGAGAUGAUGCCAGCCACGCCCGUUGUCAUGUCAAACAAGGUUAGCGACCAGCGUAACACUAAGCACGCACAAGAUAUGCAAGAAUGCACGAGCAACAUAUAUCAACAGGGUCCUGCUUGCAUUUUACCCAAUUUAUAUCUAGGUGCUUAUUACAAUGCUCUCAAUGCCACACAAUUAGCUCGCCACGACAUUACAUGCGUUAUCAACGUAGCCAGUGAAAUUGACGUUGUGUCCUUGCCACAGCACAUUGAGUAUCAUCAUAUAAAGUGGACCCACAAUCAGCUCGACCUUGCAACAUCAGGAUUCGAGCGAGCCAUUGCAUUGAUCCGCACUGCCCAUAAUAGCCACCAAACUGUCAUGAUUCACUGCCAGCAAGGAAUUGAACGCUCGGCGGCUUUGGUGGUGGCAUUCUUGAUAAAAUCAACUCGCUGUACAAAGAGAAUCAAUGCAAAAGUGGACGAGGAUGCUCUGGCAGGACAGAACUGGUCCUUUGAUCGCGCGUUGAACUUUGUCCAGGAAAAGGCACCCAAAAUUCGCCCUAAUAUGGAGCUUUUGUAUCAGUUACGAGAGUAUGAACAGUCAAUACCAAUGGAGCAGCAGCAUCUGUACCAAACAUCAGUGAGGGCAGAAAAGAGGCACAACAUACGGAACAGAACAAAGCGCUCAGAGUCCAUUGCAUGUAGUAAACCAUCCGCUAGAAGUGAUGCGCCAUUGACAUCCUCCACUUCACUUCGAUCAUUGAAUCAAGCUAUGUAUUACCAACGACCUCGUUCAGCCAGUGUGCGAGACACCUCAUCAUCAGCCAACUUGACAUUUGCAACGACCACAUCAGAAUCAAGCGCAUCCUCCAAACAGAUAGACAAGCAGCCAUUAGCUAUUGCUGCACUGAUCAUUGUGUUGGUGGCCUUGUAUCAACGAGAGUGCUGUCCUUUGUAUCACACCACCAACAAGUGCAAGUCUAGCAAUGGCAAUGAUACACUGAAGACAGCCGUGGAUAACAGCGAUAGCGAUGGUUACAACAAAAACAACAGACAUUUGGCCACUCAGUUUCUAAAACCAGCUUUUCCAAUAUAUUAG